AUGUAUACUGGCCGGGUGCCCAAAAACUACCAGCACAUCCUGGCCCUCGUGUUUGCCAUCAGGGAGAUCAACAAGGAUCCGGCACUCCUCCCGAACGUCACGCUGGGCUUCCGCAUCUUUGAGGACACUUACUUUGCAAGAAUGACCUACCAGGCAGGCCUGUCGUUUCUGUCCACGGGGGAUCAAGUGGUCCCCAACUACAGAUGCAGCAGACAGGAGAAGGUGCUCUCUGUCAUUGGAAGUCUCUACUCCAGAAUCUCAAUGCAGAUGGCCUCCCUCCUGGGCCUCUUCAAGAUCCCGCAGCUUGGUUAUGGCUCCUUCAGUCCUGUUCUGAAAGAGAGGAGCAUAUUUCCUUCCUUCUACCGCAUUGACCCCAGUGAAGUCCCACAAUAUUUGGGGAUAAUCCGCUUACUUCUUCAUUUCCACUGGAACUGGAUUGGGAUUGUUGCUCCGGAUGAUGACGGCGGAGAAAACUUCAUCCAAGCCCUAAGACCAAUGCUUGACCAGAACAACAUCUGUGUCGAGUUCACUAAACGGACCUUGUCUGAAAUCUCAGUGUACUAUACAAGUCCAUCUAAUGAUAUCCUUGCCUCUUUGAGGAGCACUCAGUUCAACAACAGUGCUGGCGAGGAAGUGUUUUUCAGUCAAAAUGACAAGAGAUCAGCUGGCUAUGAUAUCCUGAACGUGGCUUUCUUCCCAAAUGGAUCUUCAGCUCAAGUGAAAGUUGGAAGGAUGGAUCCGAGGGCCCCCCCAGGCAAAGAUUUCACCAUUAACGCAGAUACAAUUGUUUGGGCUACCCAGGUGGGGAAGAAGUUGAAAGUCUUGGAUGCUGAUCAUUGUGUCCCAUGUCCAGAAGAUCAAUAUCCAAACAAGAACAAAGAUCAAUGUAUCUCCAAGAACAUAAGCUUCCUUUCCUAUCAAGAAAUUUUGGGGAUUGUUUUGGCUUCACUUGCUCUUUUUCUGUCUCUGAUCACAGCCCUAGUCCUGGCAACUGUCAUUAAAUAUCGAGACACACCCAUUGUCAAAGCCAACAACAGAGAACUCACCUAUGUCCUCCUCAUCUCCCUUCUGCUCUCCUUCCUCUCCUCCUUCCUAUUCAUUGGUCGACCUACAAAGUUCACCUGCCUUCUAAGACAAAUUGCUUUUACUAUAAUCUUCUCUGUUGCCAUUUCGUCCAUCUUGGCAAAAACUAUCAUGGUGGUUGUGGCCUUCAUGGCCACUAAGCCAGGAAACAUGGCAAGAGAACUGUUGGGGAGACAAGGGGUAAAUGUCAUUGUCCUGGUCUGUCCCCUCCUCCAGGUUAUUACCUCUGCACUUUGGCUAGGAACCUCUCCCCCAUUCCCCAACUCGGACUUCCACUCCUUGGCCAAAGAGAUCAUAGUGGAAUGUAACGAGGGGUCAGUCAUCAUGUUUUACACAGUCCUGGGAUACAUGGGAUUUCUGGCCCUAGUCAGCUUCAUGGUGGCUUUCCUAGCGAGGAAACUACCCGACAGCUUUAAUGAAGCCAAGUUUAUCACUUUCAGCAUGCUGGUCUUCUGCAGCGUGUGGGUCUCCUUCGUGCCCACCUACCUGAGCACUAAAGGGAAGUCCAUGGUGGCCGUGGAGGUCUUCUCCAUCUUGGCCUCUGGCACCGGUCUCCUGGGCUGCAUCUUUGUUCCCAAAUGCUACAUUAUUUUUCUGAGGCCUGAUCUCAAUAGCAGAGAUCAGCUCCUAAGGAACAAGAAAUACAGGAACCUAAAUUUUUGA